GAGAAGUCGAUGGCGAGCGGAGGGUAAAUACCUUGGGCAGGAAAGAAGAUCUUUCGCUCGUUGUCUUUCUUCUGUUCUACUCGAGACGCAGUUACUCCUUCCAACAUGUUGUCCAGGUCAAUAUUUCAGGUCAGUCUGACCUUGUUGUCUGUAUUGUUCUACGGCCAGAGUGUUUAUGCACAAACCACAACGCCCUUCUCAAAUACAACCACCACCAGGCCCCCAACCACAACGUCCGUACCAGCAUCGACGGGGACUGUGCCUGACGUCUAUCUGAAUGUGCCCACACUAUCUGUUGGGCGCAUCGAGCUCGACGUCGAGGAUCUCCGAGCAGACAUCAACUUGAACGCCCAGGUGGCAUCGCUGGUGACUCUGAACGCUGGUGUCGCAUUGUCAAUUCAAGAAGUCAACCUCACCAUUUCGGAUGUCGAUGCCAACCUGGAACUCAUCGUCCGACUUGGGCAUUUGGUGGACAUUGUCAACAGAGUAUUCGAGUCCCUCGAUCUCAAUCCACUACUCAUCUCUGCCAUCAACAACGUCACUUCUUUGCUGGAACCUAUCGUCGGAGCAGUCGACGGUUUGUUGGGGACAAUCACUCAAGGAGGUACUAGUUUGUCCUUCCUCAUCGACAAUCUCGGGAACAUUGUACAGGAGGUCGGAGGAGUGUCUACCAUAGUGGGCGACUACCUCACCAACAUGACCUACACCGGUCAAAGCAAAUCAUUAUCCGGAGGUCUCACUGAGAAGACGUAUUCUUAUAGCCCACUCAACGCCCUGGUGGACAUUGUCUUCAACACUGCCGGUCAAGUAGUACAGGCACAGGUGCAGAAGUCCACUGGCGGAAGCACAAGUACAACUGCUUCGGCGACGAGCUCAGCUCCGUCUUCGACCACGACGUCGUAG